GAAAUGAAGGGGGUUUAUGGAGGUUAGGUUCUAGAAGGUGUCAAAGCAAGGAGAAAUGUAUCGAUAUAUAAUUGACCUCUUCUAAAUGAGAGAUAUCACUUCCAAAAAAGGACAUUCGCAGUACGGUCACAGGCGAGCCGUUAACCUAAAAAUACCUGGAUAUUCAAAACAGCAGGAAAACGAUUUAAGAGAGUCGAGAUUUAUGAUGGUGUGAGUUGCAGAAGUAUAAGAACAAGGUGAAAAAUGGGGGCAAUGCAGCGGUUGACUCUUCCAUUGAUUUCAGCUCAACAUCCUGACAAGGACUUGGCCACCAUCACAACUCUCUCAUUUCCCAAACGGGGUAUUACACAGAUUGUAGGACUUGAUGCCUGCGAGAAGUUAUCACGCCUUGACCUCAGCAACAAUAGCUUGUCUUCCAUUGAGGGACUUGCAUUGUGUUCAAACCUAAAAUGGCUUUCAGUUGCAGGCAACUGUCUUCAGAGUUUAAAAGGAAUUGAAGGUCUAGUGAAGCUCACUGUUUUGAAUGCAAGUCACAAUGAACUGACAUCCAUGGAUGAGGUUUCACUCCUUGUGGAUCUUCGGGCUCUCAUCUUGAAUGAUAAUGAGAUAGAUUCAAUUUGCAGGUUGGAUCGACUUAUUAAUCUCAAUACUCUGGUGCUCUCACAUAACCCUAUUCGUGAGUUGGGAAAGUCAUUGGCAAAGAUAUCAUCUAUCUCGAAACUCUCCCUGUCAUAUUGUCGAUUGCAAACAAUUGGAACAUCACUUAAGUGUUGCGUGGAUUUGAAAGAGCUCCGUCUUGCUCAUAAUCAGCUAAUGAAUCUCCCGAAAGAAUUGGAGCAGAAUGGCAAGCUUCAAAUCCUAGACUUGGGACAUAAUCAUCUUCGUCUCUGGUCAGAAAUACAGGUUAUUGGUGUUCUACAUGAAUUGAAAAACCUCAAUUUACAUGGAAAUGGUGUAUGCGAAGACGAACAAUAUCAGAGCAAGGUCAAAGAAUUGCUUCCAAACUUGCAGAUCCUUGAUGGACAUCCUAUUGCGAGCAUUCCAAAUCACCAGAAGAAAAGGAAUAGAUCAUCGAAGGGUCAUGAUCAUGAGGAUCUCAGUGAGGAUGCCAAUGCUAUAAUUGCAAAUCUAGCAACUCACAAGAAUAAGGGACAUGAGACCACUCGCAAAAGACAUUCUAAAGAAAGUAAGGGUGAAGAUAAAAAGGAAAGAAAAUUAGACAAAAAUGAAAGUGAUGACGACAGGCCUUUCAUUGAUCUAAUUGCCCCUUUGGAAAAGGCUACAGAAUUAAAGAUCAAUGCAGUUGCUAAUAUAAAAAAGAGGAAAUCUGAUGGUUCUGGUGAUUUACCUAUCUUAAAAGAAAAAGUGGAUAGUGGCGUGGUGUCUAUUCUGGAAGGGAACACAAAAGGCAUCCAACCUAAAGGGAGAGUUGGUAAACUUGGUCCCAUGUUCCUUCGCAACUUGAGAGAAGUAGAAAUUGGAACAGGUGGACCAUCAUCUUGGGAACCCAAACCUGAAGAGAGCAAAUCACAGGAAAACCAAGUCAAUUCUGGUGCCUCGUCUCACAAUGAGUAUACAUUUAGAAGUUCCUCGUAUUCUCGAUGGAAAUUAAAGGGAUCAAGGACAGAAAAAUAGAUUGCAUUUACAUUGUUUUAAUUCUUCGUUUAUUGUUAUUGCUCUCAUGGAGAUGUAUUCUGACCACGUUAACAACUAAGAGAUGUUUUCUUAGAUGUUUCACAUGCAUGCUUAAUGAAUCCUAUAGAUAUAUAUUUCUUUAUAUGUAACUUUCUAGGGAACUAUUUCUAUUUCUCUUUUUUUUUUUUAACUAAAUUUUAUGCAUGCAAGUUGAUAAUCUUUCAAACAUGGAUCAUAUAUGUCAUUUUGUUGGCAGAUAUGACAGGUCAGAUGGAGCAAGUAGCAUUAGUCAAAAUUGUACAGAAUAUGUAGUCCUUAUUCUCUGUUCCAGAGUAUUAUUAACUUUAUAGGAAGGAAACUGAAAGGUUUCUCAUGAUAUUGAACA